AUGCGCAAAACCGUCCGCGUCUCCCGCACCAUCCAGAUCUGGGACAAAUACCUGCAAAAAUACUACAAAAAGGAAGCGCACCACCUUGUCCACGACCCGAAUGACAUCCUCAACGAAGGCGAUGUCAUAACAUACGGCCCAUUCCCGCCGAGUAUACGCAGAGACAGGGAGAAGAAGGGUCGAAUCGGCGGGAAGAAACUGGUCAAGUACAUGGUAAGAGAGGUUAUCACGCCGUUUGGGCAGCAGGUGGAGCAGAGAACAAGGAGGGUUGUGGGGAGUCAGGACGGGAGGUGGAAAGGCGGGCCGGGUGAGGUGAAGAAGAUUGCCAUGAGAGCGAGAAGGAAAGGCAAGGGAAAACUGGAGGCCCCGUUGUUGAAGAAUGAUGAAGAAAAGGCAGCCCAUACCCAGGCCGAGCCGGUAUAA